UAUUCCCGCCCACCAGAUGACGUGUGGGCCAACAAAGAGAUUUAACAGGAAUCUAAUCGAUUUGGUUUGGAGAUUCUGCUUGGAGAUAAAGAUAAUGGUGGGACCAGUGGCUGUUCUCCUUCUGUUCCUGCUGCAAGGCUGUCUGACAGAACAUGUUUUUCUUGACAGCCAGCGGGCUUCAGAGGUUCUGAGCCGAAUGCGACGAGCCAACCAGAUGUUUGAGGAGCUGAAACCAGGGAACCUGGAGAGAGAAUGCGUGGAGGAAAUCUGUGACCAUGAAGAGGCCCGAGAGGUUUUCGAACAGACAGACAAAACAGAAGACUUCUGGCAGAAAUAUCAGGACUGCAAAGGAACAACACUGGUACGAACACAAUCCAAUAUCAACUUGGUCCAAGAUUGUAUAAAAGGUACCUGUAUUUCCGGCAAAGGACUCAACUAUGAGGGAAACAUCCAUGUUACUAAAUCUGGUCGGCUCUGUCAAAAAUGGAGUCACGGCUUCCCACAUCCCAUAAUAAGGGAGUUUAACGCUUCAGAACCAGACAGCAUCCUAAAGGAGAACUACUGUCGGAAUCCAGACGGUCGAGACGAAGGACCCUGGUGUUUCACUCAGGACCCAACAGUCCCAAAGGAAACCUGCUGGGUUCCAAUAUGUGGGGAACACUUUGUUCCACCCACUGCGGCCCCUGCACCAAAAAGAACGGAUGAGUGUUUAAUGGAUAAUGGCGUAGAGUACAUUGGCGACCUGGCUGUCACCCUGGGGGGCCACACGUGCCUGCAAUGGUCCCUGCCGGAAGUCAAGAAGCUGAGCCACGGCAAGGAGUUUUUACCUGAAGUCAGUCUCGACGGCAACAAAUGUCGUAACCCGGACGACGACCCAGAGGGCCCAUGGUGCUAUGUGCAGCUAUCUGGGAAUGUGACAGUGGAUUACUGCAACGUCCAGCUUUGUGAAGAGCACCUAAUUGAUUACGAGUUGCCGGUAGAGUCAGCCGGCCGCCAGCGGUCAGUCCAUGCACCCGCCAAAAAGGCAUUUUUUAACCCUCGCACCUUUGGACAAGGGGAGACUGUGUGUGGAGAGCGGCCCCUGUUUGAAAAGCUGAACAAGGAGGAUGUCAGCGAGAAGGAGCUCCUCAAGUCAUAUCGACAACAGCGCAUAGUUGGGGGCACCGACGCCGAGGUGGCCUCUGCGCCAUGGCAGGUGAUGCUAUACAAACGAAGCCCACAGGAGUUACUGUGCGGCGCCAGCCUUAUCAGCAACCAGUGGAUCCUCACAGCCGCCCACUGCAUCCUGUAUCCACCCUGGAACAAGAACUUCACCACCAAUAACAUCUUGGUGCGCCUGGGAAAACACAACAGGGCCAAGUUUGAACACAACAUUGAGAAGAUCGUGGCGAUUGACAAAAUCAUUGUCCACCCAAAGUACGACUGGAAGGUGAAUCUGAACCGAGACAUCGCACUACUGCACAUGAGGCGGCCGAUUGUCUUCACCGACCAGAUCCACCCCGUCUGCCUCCCCAACAAGAGGGUGGCCAAAUUGCUGAUGAAUGCAGAAUUCAAAGGUCGAGUGACCGGCUGGGGAAACUUAAAGGAAGCCUGGGGCUCAUCUGGGAGAGCUUUACCUUCAGUUCUUCAGCAAAUCCAUCUGCCCAUCGCAGAUCAGAGCACCUGCAAAAGCUCCACCUCUAUCAGGAUCACCGACAACAUGUUCUGCGCUGGAUAUAAACCUGAAGACACAGAGCGAGGUGACGCCUGCGAGGGGGACAGUGGUGGACCAUUUGUGAUGAAGCAUCCAACAGAGAACCGCUGGUACCAGAUUGGCAUCGUGUCAUGGGGUGAAGGCUGCGACCGUGAUGGGAAGUACGGCUUCUUCACGCAUGUUUUCAGGAUGAGCAAGUGGAUGAGGAAAGCCAUUGGGAACUCUGAUAACGAUGAUUAGAUUGCAAAGAAAAUUGAUGCAAAUGAAGUUAGUCCCAUUUAGAACUGACAUUGAUAGGACAGAACAUGCAAAGACAAUCAUCUGCAAUGACAAUAAAAUGUGCAUUUCAAUGAAAAUAUCAGUAACAAACCUAAUGUAUACAAGCCAUUUCAGACUUGCUGAUAGCAACAUUACCAGAGGCGGCGGAACAACUUUUGGUGGUGGGAGGGGCAGUACUUUGGGAGCACUUUUUACCACCCAAAAUCCAAUCGUCGACGGGGGAGGGGAAAUCGAAAUUUUAGUUGUGAAAAAUGAUAUUGUGGCAAAUCACACAAACAUGGGGGCAACAGUAUUUGGAGGACACGUUUUACCGACUGAAAACGGAGAGGGGGGUGGGGAUGCUGAUUAAGAAAUUUCAACCCAAAAUCCAUUUGUCGACAUGCCCCCCCCCCCCGAACACUACUUGUGUCCAACAUUCAUCGGGCACAUAAACAUGUCUCAACUAAACAAACACCGUAAUGAGAUGUAGUUGGCACUACAAAUUAUGAUUGAUUGAAUGAUUUGUGAAAUAAACUGUCUUCUGAUAA